AUGUUUACCCGUUGCCUGCCUUGGUGGUCAUCCAGUGCUAUCUGCAAGCCGUGGCAGUCAAGUGGCUUUCUGCCUCGUUUCUGGGAGAGGUGCCAACCACCAGUUUGUGAAGGAAUCAACACGACCGCGGGGCAGGCGCAACAGGUCGGCGCGCAGGAGAAACAAGUAUUAGAAGAUCUGGAAAUGCCCCUUGCAAGGAGAGAAACCGAGACCCUCUUCCAAGAACAGCCUGAGACUGGGAACCAGUAUUUGGAAGAUGCUUUGCUUCAGAGUUACUUGAAAACACACCUUCCUCCCAAGAUACUAGAAGAGGUGAAUCAGGACCUGGAGAGAUUUGGAAACCGUCUGCUAACCAAGAUCCAACCUCUAGCAUGGGAGUGCGAGUUGAACCCCCCUGUGUUUCGGCAGUACGAUGCCUGGGGGCGGCGGGUGGAUCACAUCCUCACCUGCUCAGCCUGGAGAAGGAUGAAAGAGAUUGUGGCAGAAGAAGGGCUGAUUGCUGAGGCCUAUGAGAGAAGAUACUCCAGCUGGAGCCGUCUGCAUCAGGCUGUCAAACUGUACUUAUUUUCAAGCUCCUCUGGAGGUUUCAGCUGUCCACUGGCCAUGACUGAUGGGGCAGCCAGAGUCAUCGAGUCCCUAGGUGUUCCUGGAUCUCUGAAAAAUGCUUUUGAUCACCUGACGUCCCGUGACCCCAAGAAGUUCUGGACCUCUGGCCAGUGGAUGACAGAGCGCAGGGGAGGCUCUGAUGUUGCUAACGGCACCGAGACAGUGGCCAGAAAGCAGCCAGAUGGUACCUAUCGUCUCUAUGGCUUUAAAUGGUUUACAUCAGCUGCUGAUUCUGAUGUGACAUUAACCCUGGCCAGGGUAGCAGAUGCUGAAGGACAAGUAGAACAGGGUUCCAGCGGCCUGUCCCUGUUCUUCCUAAGGGUUCGAGAUGAGGAGGGGAAGCUGAACAACAUCCAAGUGCAAAGGCUGAAAGACAAGCUGGGCACGCGGCAGAUGGCAACAGCAGAGCUAUGGCUAGAUGGAGCCAAAGCAGAGCUGAUCUCUGCAGAGGGUCGUGGAGUGGCCUCCAUCUCCAACAUGCUGAACAUAACUCGGAUCCACAAUGUCAUCGGUGCAGUAGCUUCCAUGAGAAGGAUGAUCAGUCUGAGCAGGGAAUACGCCCGUAGGCGAGUUGCCUUUGGGAAGCUCCUCAAGGAUCAUCCCCUACACAUGCAGACAAUAGCCCAGAUGGAGGUGCAGACUCGAGGGGCGUUUCUACUGAUUAUGGAGAUUGUUCGUCUGCUUGGACUUGUAGAAACCAACAUGGCAAGUGAGCAAGACCAGCUUCUCUUGAGACUGCUGAUACCAGUCGCCAAACUGUACACUGGGAAGCAGGCUUCUGCUGUUGUGGUUGAGGCAAUGGAGAGUUUUGGAGGACAAGGUUACAUGGAGGACACAGGCUUGCCAGUCAUAGUCCGUGAUACGCUGGUGCUGUCCAUAUGGGAGGGAACAACAAAUAUCCUGUCACUUGAUGUCCUGCGAUCCCUCACCAAGAGUCAAGGACAGGUGAUGACUGUGUUCUGCUCCACAGUGCAG